UGAUCAAGAAAAAAAAGACUGAAAACAAAAGGUGUUAAAUUGCAUAAAUUCCUCCCAAUUCCACUCGUUAGCAACUGGUGUAUUAAAAACAAAUUCAGCUGAAAUUCAGCUAAAUUCAGCAAUUCAGCUGUUACCAGUUACAGCCUACGCUCCUUUCAGAAAUUACGUGUGAAUUUUUUCCAUCUUUUUUCUCUGAACACCUAAUUAUCUAGUCUAUCUUAUCUUUUUCUAUUUCUUCCUGUCCUCUAUAUAAAAAUCAUUUCCACGUGAAUUACCGGUUUCGUGUUCCUUCAGGAUUCCUCAGUUUAUAAAGUUGAAUUCUGAUAGAGAAAGAACAUAGAAGCAGAAUAAAAAAAAAAAAACAAAGAAGUGAAAGAAAAAAAAGAAAAAUGAGUAGCUCCGAUGCUCAGCUUCACAAUGUUUUCGUCUAUGGUAGCUUUCAGGAGCCUGAAAUCGUCAACAUAAUGCUUGAACGUACCCCUGAGAUCAUCUCUGUAACACUCCCUGGCUUCAAGAGGUUUAGGCUCAAAGGACGUUUGUAUCCAUGUGUUAUACCAUUUGAGGCAGGAGAAGUACAUGGAAAGCUGCUAAUGGGAUUAACCGAUGAAGAGCUUGCGAAUGUAGAUGCAGUUGAAGGUAAUGAAUAUGAGAGAGUGACAGUUGAGGUUGUAAGGAAGGACAAUUCCGAGAAAAUGACAGUGAAAACAUAUUUAUGGGUCAACAAGGAUGAUCCUGAUAUGUAUGGAGAAUGGGAUUUCGAGGAAUGGAAACGACUGCACAAGCAAAAAUUCAUAGAAUCGUUCAAAGAAAUCAUGGAAUGGAAGAGGAAUCCUCAGGGAAAGGUUAGAGAUGAUUUCAACCAUAUCCUACGCGAAGAUGCUCCAUCGUCUUGAGUGAGUAUGUUCCAUAUGUCACAUGUGUUUCUAAAUUUCGAGUUAAAUAAAGACUUCAGAAUAAUUGGUAUUGUGGAGAUCAAUGAAAAAUAUGGUAACAUCGUGCUAUUGUAAGAUUAGAGUUGUUGUAGAUUUAUUAUUGUAUGAUAAGUCUCUUGGAGACUAUUGGCUUCUGUAUGUUUGGUUGAUGCUAUGCAUAUGGCGUCUAUUUGAAAUAUAAGUGUUUAUGGAUUAAGUAAUUAAAGAAAGUAGGUUAUUGAACUAACCUUGUAGCAUCGUCUACGAGGGAUACUAAUUAAUUUAUGUGUAUUGAUCCUAUUAUAUAGCAUAAAUCAGCCUGAUAGGAAACAAACGAGAAGUAUAAUCUCAAUAAAACUCAUUAUUAAAUUCAGCAAAACUGCCGACA